AUGAAAUCCUGGCUGUUCUUCCUUCCCCUCGUCCGCUGCGACGUGAUCUGGAACGGCUUCUUCGACUCCAACUUUACCGUCGACCACUUUGACCAAUGGUCCUGGUCUAACCAAAUCCCCCCGUAUCAAUGGUACAUCCACGGCUCCCAGCCAACCCCUCACUACUUGGGCCUCUCGCCUGCAUUCAAGAACCCAGCCUCCAAGGCCGAUGCCCAGGGCAUUAGGAUCACCAUUGACAACACCGCCUCCUGGAACGGCCAAACAAUGAUGCGCAGCGAGAUCAUCCCCCAGAAAGCCGCAGGCGUCAACCUAGGCCAGGGACACCUGUACUAUCACUUUUCGGUGUCGACUAGAGAAACCAACGCCCCGGAUCCGGGUCUCGAGCAUCAGAUUGCUUUUUUUGAGAACCACUUCACAGAACUCAAAUACGGCCGGCUCAGCGGUACUGCCGACGAUAAUACCCUUCGGUGGAUGGUUAGCGGGCAGACCAAGUGGACGACGCAGCUUGUCCCUGGGACGUGGUACAAUUUCGCGUAUGAUAUCGACUUCGACGCGAAGACCGUUGGUCUGUGGGCGUCGACGGGGGCGGAGGCGCUGAAGAAGGUCGUGGAGAAUAUUGGCGCGAAUACGUUUACUGAUUCCCAGGAUUGGCAUGUGGGUGAGCUGAGGUUGGAUAAUGGGGCCAACGCCCCUGCGGAGGAUUGGUUCUGGUCCGGGGUUUAUAUUGAGAGUGGGAAGGUGACUACGGAUGUGGCUGGGCCUAGUGGUUAUUGA